AUGGAGUCUUCGAUGAAGAGGGCCAAACUCGAAAUAUUCAACUUCCCAUCUAGUGAUGUAUCAAUUAAUAGUAAGGAAUCUGAAAAGUCAUACAGUGAAUCUAUCAAAGCCCAUCCAUUUCAUGACAAUUCCCAUAGCAUUGCAGAUAUUUACGAGGAUGGUAUAUUUCGAGAUGGAAAAGGCAAUGUGAUUGCUGUCUUUAUAAAGCGAGGCCUGCCCGAGUAUGCAGCCAAGAUGGCCGCCAAUGUGCUUCGUUCAGCGGCCACAAAAACAUCUUUGCGGUCCAAUAUCUAUGGGGGAUUGUCGCCAAAUAGCGGAAUUGCCGGUUAUUUUGACUACCGCGGCUCGCCUAUCGAGUUCAAGUAUCGAAAGACUGCCUUCACGUAUGAAAAUGAACACCGAUGGAGAGAUGUGUUUCCUAUGGUAGACUAUGUGAGUCAGAUCUACAAGCACAUUCUACCAAACCAAUGGGCUAAACAGGAUGCUGCUAUUCCAGACAUCACACGGAUCCACAACUCUCCCUUUUCGACACUAACUAUCAAUUCGCAUUUCCGAACUGCAUCUCACAGGGACACUGGAGACUUUGACGAAGGCUACGGUUGUCUUGCUUGCCUGGAGGGGAAUUUCAAGGGUCUCGCGCUUACACUUGAUCAAUUUAGGGUGAACUUCGUUUUGAGACCACUGGAUGUUUUACUUUUCAAUACACAUCACUUGCAUUCUAACACGGAGUCAGAGUCGAUGGAGGAUAACUGGACUAGACUCACAUGUGUGUUCUACUACCGUAAAGCACUCGGAGAACCUGCAAGUUAUGCAGAGUACCAGCGUCGCUUUCAAGCCGCCCUAGAUUCAAAGUGUUCUAAACCUCCAGUGGUUCGCUCCAUUGUGGUGAAAAGUAAUGGCAGUAGUACGUAUAAACCUUCAGCAUUCAAUCCAGUGCGUUUAACGCCAUUCUUGUUUACAAGUGUUGUACACCGUUUAGCAUGCUCUCGAGAUAAAGGUCUUUGUGUGCAUGAAUGGUUGUUGGAGACUGGUAUUUUUGCGGAGGAAGUGCUCUUUGGAGAGCCGCUAUGUGUCUCAGAUGGAAUCCCGGAACGAUCUUAUGAUGAGCUUGAACGCGUGCAAGCAUCUGAUUCCUUUUUCAAAGUUCCAGAAAUGGGUGGGUUCAAGGAGUGUGAUUUCACCAUGCAGGCUGCACUCUCAUCUCAAAAGUAUUUGGAAAGAACUCAGCUUUCUGAGCUUUUGAACGCAGAGCUAUUCGAUAUGUGGGUGAGGUCCCGAGAUCAUUGGCUAAAGCUUGUCAAGGAGGCAUGGUUAAAGUUGAAAGCCCGCAAUCCGGAGCGCAUUGACUUUCAUUGGAACAAUCGUUCAGAAAUGAAUACAGCCUUUUUCGAUCUGUGCGAUGUUGCUAAGCAGGUGAUGUUGAGUCUUCUCGAAAAGGAUAGCGCUACAGCCACGGAAGAACACUUUUUCUGGGCUCUUUACGCUGCGCACCUUAGCGCGUCUUGCAGAAACGAACUGCAGAUGCCUGAAGAUGCUAUGUCUGUGAAAAAGCUCAAUGUGAAAUUGAAGGACUUUCACUUCGGUGGGGCGCGGUAUUUCAAAAAUAUGCCUAUUGAAGAACAAAUGCGUAGACUCAAGCGGAGAGAGGAAAUUGAAGCUGCACGGCGCAUUAAGAAAGUCUCCACUAAGCGCAUAGAUUGGCUUCUGAAUGAUUCAUUUGAUUACCAAACCGAGGAUGGACCUGUGGACUAUGGUAAGAUGAAUCAAAUUUCACCUGAGCUCAACGCCAAACGUGUCUCACAUGAAUCGGGCAUUUCGGUAACGCCCUUGAAAAAGACGGAUAUUAUUGAAGUUCUCGUGGUUCUUCCGGCUCCCCAGACCUACCGUGAUAAUGGAAGCCACUUUGUCGAUAACGACUUCCACGGAAGUUCUGAGUGGCAGCGAUUUUUAGCCAACCCUGCUGCGAAAAGGAUCAUUAAAUUUUACGGAAAAUCCAAGUAUGUGUUGCCGAAGGCUGUUUCAAGUGGCAAUCUGCAUAUCGUGUAUGCAUUUCAGGGCAAUGAACCAUUAAAGUCUUUUGAUUUUAUUGUCCUGCAGCAUGUGUUAACCACGAUGCCUGACAAAGUGGCCAAGGAGUAUGUCGCUAGUAUAGUGCAAAGGACGCGAGAUUGUCUCUUUUUGGAAGAAACUGAUGGAUUUUGUCGCAGCCACUACGUGCUCAAAAGAGAAAUCCAGAUGAAGUACCAGCCUAUUGCAAUAGCAUGCUUCCAAAGGCUUCAUCAUAUCAAGUAUGGCGUUAAUGAAGCAGUCAUCCGCACAAAACCUCAGCUUCAGGAACUAUUUCCUGAUGCCGUUCUUCGAUACAAAAUUCAAGGCUCACCAUUGAACACAACACUUCUCAUGAUUCCUGGUAGUCAGUAA